AUGAUUAAAAAGAAAACAACAAACAAGACAAUCAAAUCCGAUUUAUUCAGAUUUCCCAAGUAUAGUACUGAAAAUGUUUUGAAAUUGCUGAAUAGUGGAAAUUUGGAAAAGUAUUCUCCUGAGGAACAGUUGAUUAGAACAGAAUUGGCUGCUUGCUAUCGUUUGUUUGAUUUGUUUGGAUGGACUGAUACUGUCUAUGGACAUUUAACUGCAAGAGUUUCAGAUGGUGAAAAGACUCAUUUUCUCAUUAAUCCUUUCGGUCUUCAUUAUAGUGAAAUUACUGCAUCAAGUUUGGUUAAGGUUGAUAUUGAUGGUGAAAUUGUUGACCCUGGCUCAACAGGAGAUUUGUUUGGAAUUAAUAGAGCUGGAUAUGUUAUUCAUUCAGCUGUUCAUGAAGCUAGAGAGGAUGUUCUCUGUGUCAUGCACAUGCACUAUGCUCCAUGUGCAGCUCUUUCAUGUAUUGAGAAGGGUUUUGAUAAGACUCUCUCUCAGACCAGUUCAAUUAUUGGAGAUGUUGCCUAUCACAAAACUGAAGGAAUUGCAGUCAAUGAAGAAGAACGAAAGAGAUUGCAAAACGAUCUUGGAUCCAUCAAGAAGAUUCUCAUUUUGGAAAAUCAUGGUGUUGUGACAUGUGGAGAAAGUGUUGGAGAAGCAUUCCUCUCCAUGUUCAUCUUGUCUGAAUCAUGUAAAAUUCAAAGUGAGGCCAUGUCCAUGAAAUCAGGUAUGAAUUCACACAUUAUUCCAGUUGAGGAAUCCAUUUCCAACAAAUCCUUCGAUAUUGCUCACGGUUUUACAAAGGAGGGUUUUGGAAGAAAGGAACUCUGCUCCUAUAUGAGAUAUUUAGAUUACUUGUACCUUAGUAAUUCUUCACCAAUUCCACAUUAUAGAACCUAA